AUGCCGCCACUUGCAACAGAUGCCGCCAAAGCGGCAACUCCAGGGGAUGCCCAUCAACGGAAAAAUCCCUUUCCAGAGUUUCAGGUUGUGGUACUGGCUGGCGGCUGUGGCUCUCGCCUGUCUUCACUUCUCGAUCCCAGCGUUUCGGCUGGAACUGCGUCAUGCAAGGCUCUCCUACCCGUGGCUAAUAGGCCUAUGAUAUGGUAUUGCCUCAGAAAUCUCCAGGAAGCUACGUUUGGCGACGUAAUCGUCGUAACUCAGGCACAGCAACAGGCCGAGUUGUCCGCCUACCUUCAGCAGGAGUUCCGGAGUUCGUUCAGGCGUCUCGAAGUGGUUGGGCUUAAGUGCACACGCCAGGGGGAAGAAGAUGAAGCAGAGGAUGCUCCGUGCGUUGGAAACAGGCGACGCUCAGUCGACGUUUCCGACGACCCUGACCAACGCGUCUGCGGCACAGCAGAAGCGCUCCAGCAAAUCCGUCACCUGAUUACAACGGAUUUUAUAGUAUUGUCGUGCGAUCUCAUCGGUCACGUGGACUUUUUCGCCCUUGCAAAUCGUCAUCGCGCAGAAGGAGCGGCUUGUACAGUUUAUUUAUUGCCUCGUGACCCUUUCGCUGAGCCUGCAGCAGAGCAGACUAAGGGGAAGGGAAGCGGGAGAAAGUCAAAGGAAACACAACCACAGAAGUGCGACACAAGCAGAGGCAAUCCCGUGACAGUCGCCGUGGACGACUCCGGUAUUCAGCUGCUGGGUAUUCAGGACAGGCACAGCAUUAGCCACGGUAGCUCGUUACAGCUUCCGAAGUUGCAUUUAUUUUUGCAUCCAUCCCAGCACUUGCUGCCCGAUUACUAUGAUCCUCACGUUUAUGUUUUUGCUCAUGCGACGCUGAAAAUCUUCGACCAACCAUCGUUGCGUCACAGUUUGUACUCUAUUCGGUUUGACCUCGUGCCCUAUAUGACCACGCUGCAGAUGACUCACGCAGCACAAGUUUGGUCCAACAACCGGCUUGAGUGCGACGUUUUCGAGCGGCAGUUGUGGGCCAUCCAGCAGCAAGGAGAAGAGGAAGCGACGUCAGCAUCAGUGACUGCCACGGCACCAUUUUGCUGCGGCCGGCUAGAUGAACUACGGUCAAUUCUUCCUGAUUGGGCCCUUCCGGAGCACAAUCCCAAAAAACCUGGCAGCAUGCGCGACUGCAUCCUGGCGGAGAGCGCCACGUUGGAGGCCGACGUGGUGCUCAAGAGAAGCGUUGUUGCCAAAAACGCCCUAUUGCGGUCAGGGUGUAAAGUAACGCAGUCGAUCCUCAUGGAUGGCACGGAAGUGGGACCAAAGGCAGUACUCCAGGGUGUUAUACUAUGCCCUGGUGCAAAGGUCGGGAAGGACUGCAAGCUUUCGAACUGUCAAGUAAGAGGAGGCUUUUGCGUGCCGGACGGGACGACUGCAGAGGACACCACAUUGCCUUCCUUUACUGACGGCGUCGAGUUUGCAGCUUUACACUUGCAUGCUCGAAGCUCAUGCUUUGACUCGCUGAACUCUUCGUAUCACGUCGCGUCUUGGAGUAGUGGAGGGUGCGGUGCAGCGGUGUGCAGUCCACAUACUAGAGUAGUGCAGAGCGUUGUGAAUGCGUAUUGCAUAGCGUCGCAGUGGCAGUGUGAUGGCGUUGGCAUUGCGUUGCCUCAUCGUAUGGCAACGUGA